AUGUGCGCCGUCCGCGACAGUCGUGAAGACGACGGUGAAGUGGAUGCUCAAGAUGUGGUGCAACUUCCUGGACUCGAUGCUGUUCCGGUGCUUCGUGGUCGGCCAUCGACUCGUGGCGGUGUCACAGCGCAACUGUGUGACGAGUCCCUCCCGGAUCAGCAGGACGAGCUGAGCGAGCUGCUGUACGAGUUCUACAAGACCAACUUCAAGAUAGACGACGGAGAGUUCGUGUUCCCCGACCCCGACUACAGCUUCGAUGUUGUGUUUGGCGCCGUCACGGACACGCUGAUCUUCUUGUGGGAGGAUCUGCUGGAGUUGAAGACGGACAGUCCAGCGAUCCCUCAAGACGCAGAAGACGAAGACCACGCGAUCGACUUCAGGGUCGCCGAGUCGAAGAAGGGCAUCCGAGCCAAUCCGUUGGGCGGGUAUCGCGCACCGACGGAUCUUGUCGACCACCUCGCUGGUGGCGUCGGCUUCGACGCCUUCAUUGAGCAGGUCAAGCGCGACAGGAGGAGACGACAGUGA